AUGCCCACUCUCGCCCUUAUCAACUUCAAUAUCGUCUGUGCGACGUUGGGAGGUUUUAUCUCCCUCUUUGGCCUGGUUUCAUACCUGUGUAAGGAGCGAUUCUACCUCUCCGAAGCCUUGAUUUCGCUUCUUGCCGGUAUUGCAUUCUCUCCUCAUGCGGCAAAUUUUAUCCGUCCAGAAGAGUAUGCCUUGCAUAAUGAUCUUAAUCUAGAGGAGAUUACCCUGCACUUCACGCGACUCGUUCUCGGCGUGCAGCUGGUCUUGGCGGGCGUCCAGCUCCCCAAGCGGUAUUUGCAGGUGGAAUGGCGGAGCUUGGCGCUGCUGCUGGGCCCCGGAAUGGGUGCCAUGUGGAUUUGCAGUAGCCUGGUGGUCUGGGCCAUGGUGCCUGAGAUCAAGUUUCUCCACGCCCUGGUCGUCGCGUCCUGUGUCACCCCCACCGACCCAGUCUUGUCCAACUCGAUCGUGAAGGGCAAGUUCGCCGACAAGAAUGUGCCGCGCCCACUGCAGCGAAUCAUCAUUGCUGAGUCUGGUGCAAACGACGGGCUCGGUUAUCCCUUCCUCUUCUUUGCCAUCUAUUUGCUCAAGUAUACCGGCAUGGGGGGCGAGGGCUACCCCGGUGGUGCGGGCAAGGCCAUGGGGGAGUGGUUUCUCGAGACCUGGCUAUAUGUCAUUAUCUUGAGCGUCGUUUACGGGAUUGUCGUGGGCUGGGUGUCUCGAAAGCUCCUCCACUGGGCAGAGGAGAAGCGGUAUGUGGACCGGGAGAGUUUCCUGGUCUUUGCCAUUGCACUCGCCCUCUUCAUUGUGGGCACCUGUGGCCUCAUUGGUACCGACGAUCUUCUUGCUUGCUUCAUUGCAGGCAAUGUCUUUACUCAAGAUGAUUGGUUUCGCCUUGAGACAAUGGAUGAUUCCCUGCAACCCACUAUCGACAUGUUGCUCAACCUGUCGGUCUUUAUGUGGUUCGGCGCGGUCUGCCCCUGGUCGUCUUUUUUGAACAACGAUGUGAUCCCCAUUUACCGGCUCAUUUUCCUGGGGGUGUUGAUUCUGCUGGUGCGCCGGCUCCCGAUCGUGCUGGCCAUGCACAAGUGGAUCCAUCAAAUCGAGCAUGUGCGCCACGCGGGAUUCGUUGGAUUCUUCGGCCCGAUCGGCGUUGGCGCGAUUUUUUACCUCUCUAUUAGCCGUGAAUACUUGCGCGAGAUUACGGUCGACGGGGAGAUGCGAGCCGACGUCCAGAAGGUUUAUGACACCAUCAAUGUCGUGGUGUGGUUCUUGGUCAUUUGUAGCAUUGUUGUCCAUGGCCUCUCCGUGCCCAUUGGAAAAGCGGGAUAUCAUCUCCCGCGUACCCUUUCUAGCGCCAUCAGUACGAGCACUGUCGAUGAGCCCGAGCCGGUGGCCAUCAACAACGCCCGCCACACCCACAGCACGGCGAUGCCCCAAGGCAAAUUCUCCAUUUCGCGACACCGCUCCAGCAAGCGUGACAGCCGAGCGGAAUCACCCAAGCCCCCUGUGUUACGAAUCGGUCGAUCGGUCAUCCGGCCUCGAUCUCCGAGCCAGCAAAUCGGCGCGGAGUCUACUGAUGAGCCCGCACGUCCGGUGAACUUGGUCCAUCAGGAGCCGACAGGCGGUGUGCCCGCGAUGGUGUCCGAAUCUCCGAGUCCUGUAUGA